UUAUGAGUUAGCUAUUAACGACUUAGAAGAGGCCUUGGCUCAACUACGGGGGAAUGACGUAAUAGAUUACAAGAUUCUAGGCCUGCAGUUUAGGUUGCUGGCUUGUGAGCUGUUAUAUAACAUUGCUGUUGCCUAUGCUAAGCUGGAAGACUGGAAAAAGGCUGAGGAGCAUUUGAAAAGAGCAAUAAAACAGAGGAUGGGCUCCAAGCACAACAAGAUAGAUAGGGCUAUGGAAUCCAUAUUGAAGCAAAGAUUGUUUGAGCCCAUAGUGAUCCCUGAAGGAAAGUUAUUUCGGCCAAAUGAAAAGCAAGUGGCACAGCUGGAGAAGAAAGAUUAUUUAGGGAAAGCUAUGGUCGUAGCAUCUGUGAUUGACAAUGAUGACUUUUCAGGUUUUGCUCCUCUUCAGCCCCAGACGUCAGAACCACCUCCCAGGCCCAAAACACCAGAAGUCCUCAGGGCACUGCAAGGAGAACCUCACAGAGUCUUGUAUGAAUUAAUUCCUGAAACUUCACAAGAGCUUCAUGUCCUUCCUGGAAACAUUGUUUUUGUUUUGAAGAAGGAGAAAGACAACUGGGCCACGGUUGUGUUUAAUGGAAAGAAAGGGAUUGUGCCUUGCAAUUACUUAGAGCCAAUGGAACUGCAGAACCAGCCUACAUUGCAGGAGGAAAAGAAUGAAGAUUUGGACAUCCCUGCUCCACCAAGCAUUGCUGCUCCAGAAUUCCCCAGAAAGCUUCCCCCAAGUCACGAAAGAGAACUGAAGUUUGAUGCAUCUCCAACACCCUAUAUCAUCAAGGUGCAUUACAAAUUCACAAUAGCCCUGCACGUGAGUCCCAACCUGUCUUAUAGCAGCCUUUUAGAGAAGGUGUGCAAGAAACUGGAACUCUCUCCUCAACACACAACACUGAGGUACCAGAUCACAGAUGGUAAGGAUCAGGUCGUGAAUGAAGACACUAUGACAACCUUAUGGAAUCAUGCAAAGAACAAUUGCUUGACAUUGUGGUGCACCACCUAUGAGAUCAGCAAAGAUGAUUUAAGAAUGGAAGAUGGUGAGGAGGUUCAACAGAAAAUACUAAGAGAGACUGAAUCAAAUCAAGUUAUAGCACGAUAUACUUACGAAGCCAGUCAGCCGGAAGAUCUGGAGUUUAAGAAAGGGGAGAUAAUUGUUGUUUUAACUAAAGUGAAUGAAGACUGGUUGGAAGGCACAUGCAAUGGGAAAGUGGGCAUUUUCCCCAAAGCAUUCAUUGAAGAAUACCACAGCCAAAAUCUAGAAAUUAACUCUGAAGGAUAAGCUGAAACCUCACAAAGAAUUGAGAAAAUCCUGACUUUUAAUUUUUUCAAAGCAACUCAUUCAUUACAUUGAAGGUUCUUUGGAGUCCUUGACAUUCUCUGAGUUUGGUUGUUUUCUUGCAGACAUCUCAUUACCCGACU